AGGGAUGGAGUUGGGCCCGGCCCCCAGACAAGGCCCGGGGGCUCCGCCAGCAGCAGGUCCCUCGGGCCCCAGCCCUCGCUGCCACCCGGGCCUGGAGCCCCACACCCGAGGGUGCAGACUGGCUGCCAAGGCCACACUUUUGGCUAAAAGAGGCACUGCCAGGUGUACAGUCCUGGGCAUGCGCCGUUUGAGCUUCGGGGGAGAGCCCAGCACUGGUCCCCGGAAAGGUGCCUAGAAGAACACGGUGCAGGACCCCGUGCUGCCUCAACAGGAGGGUGGGGGAACAGCUCAACAAUGGCUGAUGGGCGCUCCUGGUGUUGAUAGAGAUGGAACUUGGACUUGGAGGCCUCUCCACGCUGUCCCACUGCCCCUGGCCUAGGCGGCAGGCUCCACUUGGUCUCUCCGCGCAGCCUGCCCUGUGGCCCACCCUGGCCGCUCUGGCUCUGCUGAGCAGCGUCGCAGAGGCCUCCCUGGGCUCCGCGCCCCGCAGCCCUGCCCCCCGCGAAGGCCCCGCGCCUGUCCUGGCGUCCCCCGCCGGCCACCUGCCGGGGGGACGCACAGCCCGCUGGUGCAGUGGAAGAGCCCGGCGGCCGCCGCCGCAGCCUUCUCGGCCCGCGCCCCCGCCGCCUGCACCCCCAUCUGCUCUUCCCCGCGGGGGCCGCGCGGCGCGGGCUGGGGGCCCGGGCAGCCGCGCUCGGGCAGCGGGGGCGCGGGGCUGCCGCCUGCGCUCGCAGCUGGUGCCGGUGCGCGCGCUCGGCCUGGGCCACCGCUCCGACGAGCUGGUGCGUUUCCGCUUCUGCAGCGGCUCCUGCCGCCGCGCGCGCUCUCCACACGACCUCAGCCUGGCCAGCCUACUGGGCGCCGGGGCCCUGCGACCGCCCCCGGGCUCCCGGCCCGUCAGCCAGCCCUGCUGCCGACCCACGCGCUACGAAGCGGUCUCCUUCAUGGACGUCAACAGCACCUGGAGAACCGUGGACCGCCUCUCCGCCACCGCCUGCGGCUGCCUGGGCUGAGGGCUCGCUCCAGGGCUUUGCAGACUGGACCCUUACCGGUGGCUCUUCCUGCCUGGGACCCUCCCGCAGAGUCCCACUAGCCAGCGGCCUCAGCCAGGGACGAAGGCCUUAAAGCUGAGAGGCCCCUGCAGGUGGGUGAUGGACAUCAUCCCCGAACAGGUGAAGGGACAACUGACUAGCAGCCCCAGAGCCCUCACCCUGCGGAUCCCAGCCUAAAAGACACCAGAGACCUCAGCUUUGGAGCCCUUCGGACCCACCUCUCACAGACUCUGGCACUGGCCAGGCCUCGAACCUGGGACCCCUCCUCUGAUGAACCCUACAGUGGCUGAGGCAUCAGCCCCCGCCCAGGCCCUGUAGGGACAGCAUUUGAAGGACACAUAUUGCAGUUGCUUGGUUGAAAGUGCCUGUGCUGGAACUGGCCUGUACUCACUCAUGGGAGCUGGCCCCUAUUUAUUAUUUCUAAGUUAUUUAUUUA